GUAUCUUAUCAUCGACGGUCGCAGCUCCUGUUAUCAGGACAGUGUUGGAGGAACGACUCACGACGUGACACCUGGAACGAAGUGCACCGCGACCUGCAUGAAACGGGGUUGACGAACCCGGUUGCUCCAGCGAAAUUCGAACUUUUGUGAGCUGAUUCUCCACCUAAUUGCCGCCGCCACCGCCGGUGUCCAAUUCAAUCAGAGACCGGUCGAUCCGUCAACAGGGAACAAUGUGGUGAAGGCGGCGAUUGGAAUGGAAGGAGAAAGUACCACUGUUAGCAUCGCUAACGAAGUGUGGCGCCUUCUACGAGAAGGUCGCUAUAACGAAUUACGGGCAUAUGAUUACGAAGAAGUCGUCCAAAUGAUUAACUUCACCGAAUACAAUCACACCGAGCCGGACGUCUAUAACUUCUAUAAGACGGAAACAUUCAUCUUCCUGUCGGUUCUGUUCACUCUGAUUGUGAUCGGGAACUGCGCUGUUCUCGCCACUCUGGUGACCUCGAAGAAUCGCAAGUCUAGAAUGAACUUCUUCAUCAUGCAUCUCGCUAUCGCGGAUUUAUUAGUUGGUCUGGUCACGGUCCUCACUGACAUUCUCUGGAAACUCAUGGUGGAAUGGCACGCUGGAAACGCUAUGUGCAAGAUCGUCAAAUAUGCUCAGGGCGUUGUGACAUAUGGUUCCACGUACGUGCUCGUCGCUCUCAGCAUCGACCGGUAUGAUGCCAUAACUCAUCCGAUGAACUUCUCCGGAGGAUGGAAAAGAGCUCGUUGGCUCGUGGCUUCCGCCUGGCUUUUCAGUUUGAUCAUGGCUCUUCCGGCCCUCUUCAUCAGUAGUGAGAAAGAGGUCAGGGGUAUGAGGCAGUGUUGGAUUGAGUUCACCACAUACGAGUGGCGGGUGUACAUUACGAUCGUGGCAAUUUCGUUGUUCUUCAUCCCAGCAAUUAUUAUAGCAGCUUGCUACUCUAUUAUUGUCUACACCAUCUGGACCAAGUCUAAAAUGCUCUCUUACCCAAAGAGUAGCCAUUCGGCGUCUAAAACAUCCAAGUCCAGCGUGUCGGUCGGUGGACUUUCGACAAAAAGUCAGAAAAGUUCAACGUCUGCGAAUGUGGACGUCGAGAGCAAAAGAGCCAGUUCCAGGGGUAUCAUUCCGAGGGCCAAGAUCAAGACCAUCAAGAUGACUCUUAUCAUUGUGUUUGUUUUCGUGAUUUGCUGGAGUCCGUACAUGAUAUACGACCUUUUGCAAGUGUACGACUACGUAAUCUUCGAGGACAAAAAGACAGAAAAUGCUGUAUCAACGUUUAUGCAGUCUCUGGCACCGCUCAACUCAUUGGCCAACCCCAUAGUCUACUGCCUUUUCUCUACGCACAUUUGCAGAAAUAUCAGGAAUCAUCCCUGGUUCGGUUGGCUCGCCGGCAGGCUGUGUAUGUGCUCCCCAUGCAGCACCUUAGCGAAAAGAGACAACAACACGAUAUCUAGUCACAGAAGACUCACCACAUCUAACUACGCCACGAUGUCGACAUCGCUCAGGCAAUCCGGUCGGAGUAAUUUGAGAUUGACCGAGGCGAACUCGGGAGCUGAUCAACUACCGGCACCCGACAGGAAAGCAGCUGUUCGGCAGCUAAACUCACUCGUAUAGCAUACGGCCCACGACUUGAGUCCCGUUGUGGAAGCGCUGGAUCCCUCGAGCCCCGUCGCUGGAAAUCUGGAUGAAACCCGCGAAACUUGUCUGUAGGCACGACGCGACGCAUCCCGACGGCUUCCCCGCUUUUGUCUCAAGAGCGACUAUUCCUCCCGAACUGGAGCAACGGAGGAUUUCCCCAGACGUAUGGUCUACCUCGAUCGGGAUAGUAGAACAUUUUGGGGAUCCAGAUGGGAGACUCGCGGCGAUGUCGAGUGAGGGACGUCCAGCGACCAUGCUUCUCAAGUCAAGCCUCAUGUUGUGAGUUGUGAUAUCAUUUUGGAAAAGCGUGCUCGGAACGCCGGCACGAUCUACUUUUCAUAAGCCGAAGUCUUCAUAAAACAGAUGUAUUUUCAACCGAGAUCCUCAACACCGGACGGUUGCAUGCGACCGG